CAGCGCCGCGCUCUCUCCCCUCCCCCCUCCCUCGCGUGCGUGCGUGCGUGCGCGCGCCCUGCUCCGUGACCCAUUUCACUGAACAAAGGAUUUUGCUGGAAUCUCGGCGCUAGACCUAAAAUGGCGCCGGCGCGUUCGCCCGCCCCCGCCCCCCCGCGGGCACCAUAGAGAUGGGGCGGGACGGGUCGGGUAGAGUGGCUCCUCCGCCUGCCUUCUCUACGCGGCCGUAGUCCGGCCUCGCUGGUGCGCGGCGGGGGGAAGGUGGGGGGGGAAGCGCGGGCCGGGGAAGGCGCUGUCACAUCAUGGCGGGCGAGGGCGACUCUGAGCCGAGGAAGUCCUUUAAACUCCUAGGAUUUCUUGAUGUUAAAAGUGUCCCAUGUGCACGAGAAUCAGUGCUCUAUGGCUCCCUGGGAUCUUUAGUUGUGGGUCUUGGACAUUUUUUAGCAACUAGUAGAGUUAGAAGAUCUUGUGACUUUGCAGUUGGUGGCUUUAUUUGCACAAUGUUAGGAUACUGGUUUUACUGCAGGUACAAUUUGGCCCAACACAGGAUCCGGCAAAGAAUGCUUAAAGAAGGAAUGAGAAACAAAAUUUUAUUCGAAGGCAGUUCUCUUGAUCCAGAAAGAAAACAAACCAGCAGUGAAAGAAGCGAUUCAUAGUCUGCUAUAGAGGAAUCUGUGGUCUAAUACAGCUUUGGAGAAGGCGAUCCAAAACCGGCAGUUUUCCCUGUAAACGUGUGAGGUACCUAAAACUGAUAAAUCAUGCUGGUUUUCGUAGCAAAUCUGAGCAAGAAAUUCAUAACAAAUCUGUUAAGUCAGUAUACAAGCCUUUCUUUGUUCCCUGUCUGUAUGUAUGUAUGUGUGUGACUAUGUACACAGUUAGGAAUGACAUCCUAUUAAACAUCUGGGAACUGAUGUGUUCUGCUACAGGGUCUCAGAGGAUUAAUGACAGCAUUUUGGGACUGCUCUAACUGCCAUUAUAAACAGAAUGGUUCAGUUUAGUAAAGUUGUAAUUGCAUCUCAUUUAAAUACAGGAAAAUACUUUCAUCAGCUAUUCUCUGGGUAAAUGUAUCCUUCAGUGCUACUGUUAAUCAUGCUGUUUGUAAAACAGGAAUAUUUAAACAGUUGGUGAAGGCUUUGCUUGUGCAAGAUGGGUGAUACCAGUAGCCUUUGUAAGAUUUCGGCUGCAGAAUAACUUCAGAUAAUUUAUAUACACUGUGAAGAUGAAGGAUUUCCAUUUCUGUUCUGUGCAAAACUAAGAAUAAAAUCACACUUCAGGAGCAGUCUAAGCUAUGAAA